UUUUGUCUGUUAAGAAUAAUGUUGCCAUGAACAUUCAUGUACAAAUUGUUGUGUGGCCAUAAGUUUUCAAUUCUUUCGGCCAUAUGUCUAGGACUAGAAUUGCUGAGUCAUGUGAUAACUCUGUGUUUAACUUUUUUAGGAACUGCCACACUGUUUUCCAAAGUGGCUAUGCCAUUUUACAUUCCUACUAGUGAUAUAUGGGAAUUCCAAUUUCUCCACAUUCUCUCCAAAGCUUGGUAUUUACAUCUUUUUGAUUAUGACCAUCCUGAUGGAUGUGAGGCAGUAUCUCAUUAUAGUUUUGAUUUUCAUUUAAUGAGUGGUGAUUCUGAAUAUCUUUUCGCAUGUUUAUUGGCCAUUUGUAUUAUCUUCUUUGGAGAAAUAUCUAUUCAAAUUCCUUAGCCAUUUUAAAAUUGGAUUUUUUUGUUGUUGAGUUGUAAGAGUUCUUUAUAUAUCCUGGAUAUGAUACUUAUUAAGUAUAUGAUUUGCAAAUGUUUUCUCCCAUUCUUUUGGUUGUCUUUUCACUUUCUUGAUCCUGUUCUUUGAAGCACAAAAGUUUUUCAUUUUAAUAGAGUCCAGUUUAUUUUUUCUUUCGUUGCUUUGUGUUUUUAGUGUCAUUUCAGAGAAACCAUUGCUUAACCCAAGGUUCGUGAAUCUUUAUGCGUAUGUUAUCUUUUAGGAGUUGUUGUACUUUUAGCUCUUACUUUAAGUCUGUGAUUCGUUUUAAGGUAAUUUUUAUAUAUGUUGUGAGGAAGGGGGUCGUACUUCAUUCUUUUUCAUAUGGCUAUCCAGUUGUCCCAGCACCAUUAAUUGAAACGACUGUUCUUCCCCAUUGAAUAGUUUCUUGGCACUCUCGUUGACUACUAACUGACCAUAAGUGUAAAAUUUUAUUUUGGGCUCCUGGUUCUGCUCCAUUCCAUAUCUUUUAAAACGGCAUUUAUGGCUCUGGCACUUUCUGUGUGACCUUCACAGUCAGUUAACUCUUUGUUCAUUUUCUCAUCUGUAAAAUGAGUAACAAAAAGUAAAUACUUCAUGGAAUUAGUGUGAGUAUUAAAGGAGAUAGUAUAUGGGAAGAGUUUAGAACAGUACCUGGCUUGUAGAAAGCACUCAGUAGCUAAUUCCAUCAUUAUAACCACCACCACUGUCAUCUUCAUCUCCAUCACCAUCAUCACUAUACUAACACUUAAAUGUUAUUCUCUGACUUGUAUGUGAUUUAUCUCCUUUGCUGGAUUGUACAUUCUGAAAUUAGAUACCAUGUUUAAAGGGUGAAUCUUGUUGCUAAGAUUUUAUAGGACAGAGGGCCAACUCUUGAGAAAUACUAGCAUGUAGUCAUCUUUACCACAGUAGACUAAAUGAUUUUUUUAAAAGAUGUACUUAAAAGAAAAUGCUAAAGUCUUUAUUUUAGGAUAAUUUGGAGUAAGGGGGUCAGCUGGAAGUUCUGUAAUUAUUCAGGUGUGUAAAGAAGUUCUGGAGUAGGAGUCAUGUAUAUGUGUUGCUUUUUAAAAAUUAUCUAUGUAUCCUCAAACCCUAGUGUUCAGGCACUGUGAAUCUUUUAUUUGGCUGUGCUGAGUCCUAGUUUUAGCAGGCAGGCUCCUUAGUUGCGGCUCACCGGCUCCUUAGUUGUGGCAUGCAAACUCUUAGUUGCGGCAUGCAUGUGGGAUCUAGUUCCUCGACCAAGGAUGGAACCUGGGCCCCCUGCGUUGGGAGUGUAGACUCUUAAUCACUGUGCCACCAAGGAAGUCCCAUGUCAUUUGUCAGAGUGAACCGUUAUGGUCCCCGUGGAGGAGGAAGGAAAGCACUGAAAGUAAAGAAGAAGAAAACGUCUGUGAAGCAAGAAUGGGAUAACACUGUGACUGAUCUAACAGUUCAUCGGGCAACUCCUGAAGAUCUGAUCCGUCGUCAUGAAAUACACAAAUCAAAGAACAGAGCAUUAGUACACUGGGAGCUCCAAGAAAAAGCUUUGAAGAGAAAAUGGAAGAAGCAGAAACCGGAAAUUUCUAAUCUUGAGAAAAGGAGAUUGUCUAUCAUGAAGGAGAUUCUUUCUGAUCAAUACCAGAUGCAUGAUGUAUUGGAAAACUCUGAUCAUUUGAUGGCUACAGCAAAAGAUCUGUUUGUUGAUUUUCCUCGUAGACGCACAGGGUUUCCGAAUGUAACAAUGGCUCCUCAUUCCUCUCAGGGUCCCAUUGUGGUAAAUCAAGACCCUGUCACCCAGGCCAUCCUUAGUGAAUCUGUCAUUGAGCCACAGGCUCUUAAUGAAAUAGAUGAUGACGAACGAGAAGGAACUGUUAACAGCCAGUCAGAAGAAAGUGAGAAUGAGUUGGAUAACUCUCUAAACUCUCAGUCAAACACAAAUGCAGACACCAGGGUAUUCAGCACAGUAAACCAGAUAGUAGCCUUGGAGGAGUCCGUUUCCCAUGCAGAAGACAAAGCCUCUGAAAAGGAAUAUAACUGGAAGAGGCCUCCUUCUAGUGAGCAGUUUCUCCACCAACUAAAGGAAGAUAAUUCCGAGUUAAUUAAUAAACUAUGGACUGAUAUUCAGCAAAAAGUAGCAACACAGUCACAAAUAACAGCCUCUUCAGGAACUCCAUCAUCUGCUUCUCCAUCAGGAGAACAAAAAGCUGCUCUGAACGCUACCAAUGCUGUUAAGAGAAUCCAUACGAGGCUUCAACCUGAAGAAUCUACUGAGACUCUAGACUCAAGCUAUGUUGUAGGACAAGUGCUGAACUCAAGGAAGCAAAAACAGCUGCUAAAUAAAGUGAAAAGAAAACCAGACUUGCGUGCUCCUUCCAAACAGAAGAAUAGCAUGUUAUCAGCCAGCACAGCCUCCACGGACUUACCGAAUCACAGCAACCCCAGCCUAGAUGUCCUCAAGCACAUGAUACAUGAAGUGGAACAUGAAAUGGCAGAAUAUGAGAGGUGGACAGGACGUGAGGUCCAGGGGCUCCAGAACAGUCAGGGUCUCACCGGCUUCACCCUGUCGCUUGUGAGCUCCCUGUGUCGCCUGGUUCGGUACCUUAAAGAGAGUGAGCUCCAACUGCGUAAAGAAGUAGAGACGAGGCAGCAACUGGAACAAGCAUUGGGUGACCAUCGAGAGCUCAUUGAUGCUCUGACAGCUGAAAUUCUUCUUCUUAGAGAAGAAAAUACUGCUACCCAGGAGAGACUUCAGCAGUACAUGAUCACAACAGAUGCGCAGCUUAUAUCACUCACACAUGCCAUUAGGAACUGUCCUGUGAUAAAUAACAAAGAAAGUCAGGCAUUAGAAAGGGGAGCCACAAGCAGAAGAAAUAUGGACAGUCCAGAGGGUCCAGCUGUAAAUGCUAAUGUCUCCAUGCCACUGAUGUUCAGAGGGGAGGAUGUGGUUGAAUUCCCACAAGAAGAUUUGCCUGUUAAACUAUCUCAGGUGCCAAACCCUCCAGAAAGCGGGAAUCUGGCCAGCAAUUUUCCAACGCAUAUAUUUGAGCCGGCGGUAUUGUUAACACCACCCAGGCAGAAGAGCAACUCAGAAUUCUCUCCUUUGCAGGAUGUAUUGAGGAGGACUGUUCAAACUCGUCCUGCUCCGCGAAUUCCUCCAACCGUGGAAAUAAUUGAGAAGGAACAAAACUGGGAAAAGAAGACCUCACCUACUGGCACAGACAUUCAGAAUUCAAGUGAAGAGAAUCAUCUCUUUACUCAGAGAUGGAGGGCCUCUCACAUGGGAGAAGAUUUGCAGAACAAAACCCAGGGUCCUUUUGUUAACUUCUCACAGCCCCUCUGCAGUUCCCAUUCAAGCACUCAGCAAUCAAGAAACCCCGCACUCUCAGAAGAACCCCUGGUGUUGGGAGAUGGGCAACAGCUUAGGACAAAUGAGACAUUAAUACAGAGAAAGGACAUCAUGGCACGGAUUGCUGAGUUGACACUGCAGAAUUCAGCUAUCAAGACACAUCUAAGUAAUAUUAUUGGGCCAGGGGGAGAGCAAGGGGAUGGAUUUCGGGAGUUUAACAAACAGGAAACACGUCGUGCCAGUGACAUGACCGCUACUUUUCCAGCAGUACAGCCUCUAACACCAAGUAGCAUGGAGGAACGGAUUGCAGAAUUGAAUCGACAGAGUAUGGAGGCUCGUGGAAAACUCUUGCAAUUAAUAGAGCAGCAGAAGCUUGUUGGUUUGAAUCCUUCCUCUCCACCAGUAUUGCCUAUUCAGUCACCUCUCAGAGCAUGGACUGAAGGAGGAAAAAGGACAAUCGAGGUAUCUAUUCCAGGAGCAGAAGCCCCAGAAAGCUCAAAAUGCAGUACUGUCUCUCCUACUGGUGGGCUAAAUUCAAGAAGAUCUUCAGGGGCUACUAGUAAUUCUUGUUCUCCAUUAAAUGCCACCUCAGGAAGUGGGCACUUGACACCUCUUAAUCCAAGGGCAAAGAUUGAGAAACAAAAUGAAGAAGGCUGGUUUGCUCUCUCUACCCACGUGUCAUAAGUGAGGUCAAGUUGCAGCGUUUGUUCUCAGUCGUAUAUUCUUGAGCUUCCACUCGCCUUUCCCUGCUCCUGCUUUCAAGUUUUUAUGUUCUUCUUUCACAUGAAACUUACAAAGAUUUCAUGACUUAGUACUAAUGGAACAAAGAAAUAAAGCAAUUAUUUUAAUUUUUGACCUUUUCAAAUAGAUUUUCCACAAGCAAACAACCUACAACCUCUUGUGAGUAAAAUUUUAACUAUAGGGAAAUU